AGCAGGUCAGCUAGGAUUAACCUGAGCUGGCAGCACAGCGGAUGCAAUGUCAGGACCGACGUGGAUCCUGUUGUUUACUCAAACCUGUCUACUUUUCCUAAUCCCAAUCAUUCAGCUUUCUUUAAUGGCCAUCCCCCCCUCUUUCCCUGAAACCCGCAAGAUCUUCUCCCCACGCUAGUCCAAGACCUUCUUCCAGUAUAUAAAGGCCCCAUGUGCAGAAAUUUUCAUGACCCACAAAAGAACAAGAGAAAACCAAUCUCUCUCUUUCUCUCUCUCUCUUCUCUAGUUAAUUAGCAAGAUUUGCGAAGAUUGCCCAACACCAUCAAAGAGGGAGUUGAGGAUUUUCGGGUGAUCGGGAUGAGAACGUGACUAUUACAGAGCAAGAAUUCGUGACAAGGAGGAGCGAGAUGGGAGUAAAUGAAAUGGUUUUGAUUUCGAUGUUUGAGUUUUUUAUUGCCGAAGAAGCGAUUGUUCGGGAUCUGGAGUGGGAGAAGGAGAGGUAGGAGGCAGUGAUCCGGUGUCCCUGUUUUCGAUCUGUUUCUGCAGGCGAUCGCGUUCCCUCGUUUGAGCACAGGAGUUGAUCCGGCAAUGGCCACGUCCGUGUUUCACGACCCCGUGAUCAUACUGGCCCUGGGAACGCAGUCGUCCAUGGUCGUUCCCAAUAUGGACCCAGAGUCCUCGAUUGCUGUAUGCGACUGCUGCGGCCUUACCGAGGAGUGCACGCCAGCCUACAUAGAGCGUGUCCGGGAGCGCCACCAUGGAAAAUGGAUAUGCGGGCUGUGCGCCGAGGCCGUGAAGGAUGAAAUCCUCAGAAACAAGGAGAGCCAGAGCGCCGCGGGCACUGAAGAGGCAAUGGCCAAGCUCAGGAGUUUUUGCAAGAGGUCUAGUGAUUCGACAGGGCCGCCUCCAAAUCCGACCGUGCUUCUGAUAUCUGCGGUGAGGCAGAUCCUGAAGAGGGGUUUGGACUCGAGAUCGGCUCCUGGAAGCCCUUCUAGGAACUUGACGGAAAUCCCCGCUGUUCGCGCACUGGUCUGAUCGUAGAGUUGUUUUCAAAGGCUGAUUAAUACGGUGGGGUGGACAGGAGUGAAUUACAGACUUUAAAAAUAGGUGCAAAUUGCAAUUGGGUAUGGUUCAUAUAAUAUGUGACAGGUAUAGCAACAAAAGGGAAACGGAGAUUAAAAAAAAAGAUUUUUCACUGUGGUGGUUUGGUUGAUAUCAGUAUAUGUACUCAGAGGCAGAGAAUUGUUAGAAAUCUAAAAGAAAAAAAAGAGGGGAGUAUACGAAAGGGUGAGAAUGUAUAUAAAUAAAUGAAAUUCCAGAACGCGACCAUGAUUAUCUUAGAACAUGUUUCAUUUGUUUGGUUU